CGGUGACCGGAGCCAAGCCCCGUCGUCAUCACUCUCGCCAACUCCGGGACCCCUAGACCUCAAAAGUCCCCCAAACCACAACCCUCCACCACCAGCAACAAACACCACUCUAGAUAAGCUUGGGACAAAACUCUCUGAAAGAGCCGGCCUCUUCUCCUUAACCGAAGUUUGACGAGGAAGAAGGUGUGACUGCGCACCCAAAGUCAACAUCAUUACCCUCCAGAUCCUUGGGAUCCGGAAACAGCACAAGAAACAGGACAAUGGGUCUAAAAUCACUACUGAACCUCCGAAAGAGGAACAGCUUGGAUGACCAACCCAAAGAACGAUACUCACCCCAGCCACAAACACGAGACGCAAGCUACGAAAGGACACUUCAAGGAGAGGAAGGGGUACCCAGUGAUGGACAGAUCAAGCGAGCAACGAGGCUACGGCGAUACUUCGCCUGGAGCGCUUCCUUUGGGUAUCUGGUGUCUUGGGUGUUCCUGAUACUGAUUCUCAUUGGCAACACAUCCGACAAGCCCGUGCUUCGCAAUGUUUACUUCUACAAGCUCAACCUGGCCGACAUCAUCCCGGAAUCGGUACCAAAUGCGCAGUUGAUCAACAGUAUCGCUCAAAGUAUAGGUCUGCAUGACUUUUACCAAGUUGGUCUGUGGAACUUUUGCGAGGGAUAUCAAUCUGAAGGAAUCACGUACUGCUCCGAGCCCGAAACGCUCUACUGGUUUAACCCGGUCAAGGUCAUCAUGAGCGAGCUUCUCUCCGGCGCCACCGUCGCAAUCCCCACCGCCAUCAUCACCAUCCUCUCGGUCUUGCGCAUCACCUCGCAGAUCAUGUUCGGCUUCUUCCUAACCGCCUGCGUGCUCAACUUCGUCCUCAUCUUCGUCUCGCCCAUCCUGCCCGUCAAGUCGCGGUGGUGGUCCCUCCCACUCUCCCUUUUCUCGUUCGCCUCCAUGAUCCUGACCCUGGCCGCCUCGAUCAUCGGCACUGUCAUCAGCUACGCCUUCAAGUACGCGGCCGAAGCGCAGUCGGACCUCAACAUCCACGCCGAUGUUGGCACGUACAUGUUUGUCUUUAUGUGGAUCGCCACGGGCUUCACGAUGUGGAGCUUCGCGGUGCACAGCGGCAUGGGAUGCUGCUGUGCGAGCAAGCGGGAUCUGAAGAGCGGGAGGAGGCUGAUCAAGCCUGAUGGGAGGAUCAUCCACGCCGGUUAGAGCUCGGAGUGGCUGAGUUCCCCCGCAGGGUCGGUUGAGAACGAGAAGGAAAUGGAUGGGUUGGGUUUUUGAUCUUGACUUUUUACUUGCAUGGCGUUGGAGGAGAAUUUGAAAGGUCUGCUUUUUUCACACGGACGGCAUCGUUUCUCAACACCGAUUCCGUCGAUUGGUUGAAAUACAACAGGUCAGGUCCAGAUUCUUUAGCUGGCCGACCAUGAUGGCAUUUGCACAGGAGUUCUUGGAUAUCCCCUAUAAACUCGCCCUUUCAGGGAAGAGGGGGGACAUGACAUACAAAUACAACAUAGACUGACUGGGAAUGGUACCUACGCAAAAAUACAUACAACACGAACCUGUAUGACACCGCGUGAAACACCACUCAAAGAAAGUAUUUUAGUCAAUAGACUUAUUGAGUAUUACACACAUCA